AUGGGGGACUUCAACGUGGCGCUGGUGAUCGUGGCGGCGGUGGUGAGCGUGCUGGUGCUGCUCGUCAGCGUCUACCUGCUCGUCAACUACCAGCACCCCGACGACGCCAACCAGGCCUACUUCCCCAAGCUCGUCGUCGUGCUCGGCCUCACCGUCGCCGUCCUCGCCAUCCUCAUGCUCCCCGCCGACGUCGCCAACCGCCAGGCCUGCCGCAAGGCCAUAUACAACGGGGCUUGCAACCUCACGCUCCCCAUGAAGACGCUCUGGCUCGUCGCCUACAUCGUCGACGCCGUCCUCGUCUUCCUCGUCAUACCCUUCGCCAUGUUCUACUACGAGGGCGACCAGGACAAGUCCGUCGGGAAGAGGCUCAGGACCGCUCUCAUGUGGGUCGUCGCGUCCGCGGUGGUGUGCGGCCUCGUCCUCGGCAUCUUAUACGGACUUGUUGGUAAAGUGGACUUCACUGUCAGGCACCUAUCUUCAACGGUCCAAACAUUUCCAAACUCAUUUUCUGGAUUCUCAAGUGGCCAGCCUUGCUUUAGUCAAUUGCCUCGUGUGUGUGCGGCUUCUACCGCACCGGCUAACUCGCAAACAACUUGGACAAUGCGUGCUACCUUCCCUGAAUAUGUGGUUGCUCUUACUACAAUCGUUGGAUCUGUGCUUUUCACGAUAUUUGGUGGUGUCGGAAUUGCCUGCCUUCCAUUGGGACUUAUAUUCUCAUUUAUCCGGCGUCCAAAAGCUGUAAUUACACGCUCACAAUAUAUAAAGGAAGCAACUGAAUUGGGAAAGAAGGCCAGGGAGUUGAAAAAAGCGGCUGAAGCUCUUCACCAAGAAGAAAGAAGUGGGAACAAGGGCCGGAAAUGGCGCAAAAACGUGAAGGCUUUAGAAAAGGAGUUAUUACUUCUGGAAGAUGACAUGAAGGCUCUAGAAGAGAUGUAUCCUCAAGGAGAACAGGCUGAGGCUACUUGGGCAUUCACAGUCCUUGGGUACAUUGGAAAACUUAUAUUUGGUGUUGUUGGGUUAAUUGUUUCAAUAGCUUGGGUUGCACAUAUCAUCAUAUACUUGUUGAUUGAUCCUCCUCUAUCUUCUUUCCUGAAUGAAGUCUUCAUAAAGUUGGAUGGUGUUUGGGGUCUCCUUGGGACUGCUGCUUUCGCGUUCUUCUGCUUCUAUCUCCUUAUUGCAGUGAUUGCUGGGGAGAUGAUGCUUGGUUUGAAACUUGUUUUCAUCACAAUUCACCCGAUGAAAUGGGGAGGCACUUUAAUGAACUCCUUCCUGUUUAAUGUUGGGCUCAUACUACUUUGCUCCAUCAGUGUGAUUCAGUUCUGUGCCACGGCUUUUGCCUACUAUGCACAAGCAACUGCUGCUCAAGAGAUAUUUGGCCACACAUUGCAAUCCCUUCGUGGAAUUAAGUAUCUUUACAAGUACAAUGUUUUCCAGUAUGGCUUUGUUGCUCUUGCCAUCCUCACACUCUUCUACUAUGCUAUAUUUGCUCAAUGCAACAGUGAUUACCCUCCGUAUGCAGCUCUCAUGUCCAUGAGGUUCCUGACCCUGGACCAGUCGAUGCCCAGGCCGUUGAGCACUCGUUCGUCGUCGGUCUUCGGAGAUGCCGACGGCGGCGAUGGCGACAAGCCGGCCGUGUCGGAGUCGGAGUACACGGGGGGCGCGGACGGAAAUGCCAGUCAGGACGACGGCCUCGGCGUCGAGGACUCGCUCGUCGCCGAAGACCGCGCGGAGGAGCAGAAGGCGUGGGCGACGCAGGCCGACGAGUCACACCGGGAAACGGACCGCCGCGAGGAAGGCGGCGAGAACGACGGCAACGGCGCGGAGAACGGCGGCGGCGAGGAGCACGAGUGGCGGGUGUGCAAUGUGAAGGCCGGCGCCGACUACAUCCCGUGCCUGGACAACGAGAAGGCCAUCAAGAAGCUGCGGCCGGAGAACUUCCGGCGGUACGAGCACCGGGAGCGGCACUGCCCCGACGAGGGCCCGACGUGCCUCGUCGCGCUCCCCACCGGCUACCGCCGCCCCAUCGAGUGGCCCAAGAGCCGAGACAGGGUAUGGUACAGCAAUGUCCCGCACACGAAGCUGGUGGAGGUGAAGGGCCACCAGAACUGGGUGAAGGUGAGCGGACAGUACCUGACCUUCCCCGGCGGCGGCACGCAGUUCAUCCAUGGCGCGCUGCACUACAUCGACUUCCUGCAGCAGUCCGUCCGCGCCGUCGCGUGGGGGAAGCACACGCGGGUGGUGCUCGACGUCGGCUGUGGCGUGGCCAGCUUCGGCGGCUACCUGUUCGAGCGCGACGUGGUGACCAUGUCGUUCGCGCCCAAGGACGAGCACGAGGCGCAGGUGCAGAUGGCGCUCGAGCGCGGGAUCCCGGCCAUCUCCGCCGUCAUGGGAUCCAAACGCCUGCCUUUCCCCAGCAAGUCGUUCGACCUUGUCCACUGCGCGCGGUGCCGCGUCCCAUGGCACGCCGACGGUGGCGCUCUCCUCCUGGAGCUGAACCGCGUCCUGCGCCCCGGCGGUUUCUUCGUCUGGUCCGCCACGCCGGUGUACCAGAAGCUGACGGAGGACGUCGAGAUCUGGAAAGGCACGAAGCGGCAGCAGCCGCCGAUGUGCGCCGACGACGACGACGCGAACGCGGCGUGGUACAUCCGGCUCAACUCGUGCGUGCACCGCGUGCCGAUGGGCCCGUCGGAGCGCGGCGCGCGGUGGCUCUCGGAGUGGCCGCGGCGGGUGCGGACGCCGCCGUACUGGCUCAACGGCUCGCAGGCCGGGGUGUACGGGAAGCCGGCGCCGGAGGACUUCACGGUGGACUACGACCACUGGUGGCGCGUCGUCGACGGGUCCUACCUCAACGGCCUGGGCAUCGACUGGUCCAGGGUCAGGAACCUCAUGGACAUGAGAGCUGCAUACGGAGGGGGCAGUGGCGGAGCUGGUGAAAAUCCACACCUAGAGCCACUAAGCGCCUAA